UAUGGAUAAGUGAUGUCCGAUCGCAUUCUCCGGACCCGAUGCCGCCAGCCCAUGCCGCGCCAGCCGGACAUAGACCGAACGCAGCCAGACCUGGGGUGCGAUGGGGUGCGCCCUGUCUGGUCUUGCUGCGCUUAGCGGGGUCACCAGCGCAAGAGGAAGUUUACUCUUUCCUGACUACGUGACUCAGCUGGCGGCUCAGGAGCACUGUUUGCCAGACAUUCAGGAACCGCAGCCGAUCCGAGCAGGUUCCGACUUGGAGGCUUUACUGCCCCAGCUGGCUGAUGCUUCCGGCCUGAUCGUCUUCAGUGUCUUCGUGGACACCAAGGAUCACAAGGAGAGCAAGCGCUUUGAGCUUCUCCUCCAACAGUGGAUGUGUCGGGUCAGGUCGCACCUGGGUUCAUCUUUCCUGGCCUUCGUUGAUUCUGAGAAGCUGCGGCAGCAGUUUGAACGACCAAACCAAACCCCAGCCCCCACGCCAGUGCUGGUCACGCCGCCCGGUCGGCACCGCAAUUUUGGUGUUGCUGCGUACUUCUCCAAAGAAUGGAUCAAGGAGGCCUUCCAAGGCAGCGGAGAGGGUGAGAAGCACGACUCCAACUAUUGGCGCUGGGCUGCGAUGGAAUCCAUCCUCCGUCUCGGAUACAGUGCCCUCUACGUUGACACAGAUAUCAUGUGGCUUGAAGAUCCACGACCUGGGUUGGCCACACUUCCAAGUGCAGACUUCUAUGGUUCGUGUGAUAGCUACGAUGCAGGGACGGGCGCCAUCAGGUGGCAUCAAAAUGGGUCCCUUGACAUGGAACGCAUGCGAAAGGAAGCCGCAAAGCAUGACGAUGAGUCAGUUUGCUGCCAGGGCAUGCUGGUGCCAGUCAAUGCUGGCAUUGUGCUAAUGAGGCCCUCCAAAGCCGCUUGGGCUGCGGUGAUGCGUUUCCGCGCACGGGUGAUCAGCGGCCCAUGUUGGGGCCAAGCAGCCAUGCAAUGGUCCCUCUUUGAGCUGUGUGGUUCUUCGUUGCAGUGCGAGGUACUUGACCCACUCCGCUUUGCAUCUGCUGGCCCGCUCUUGAUGGAGUUGAGGCGAACUCAACAGGCAUCCUAUCAACCUUCAUUGAUCCAUUUGGACCUUGGCGCGAAGAGGAAGGCCAACAAGUUCUUCGAAGGUUUCUUCGACAUUCCCAAGGAAUGCAGUGAGCCCCCAACGGAAACUCGGAGCGACUUGUAAGGAGCAAAAGGAGGACA